ACCCGGAAGUCACCAUGGCGGCUGUCACUUUGCGAGAUCGGUUGAGUUUCUUGACUCGGCUACCCACUCUAAUCAAAGGCACCUCAGAUGAUGAAGUUCCAUGCCCAGGUUAUCUGCUUGAAGAGAUUGCCAAGAUCUCCCAUGAAUCAACAGGAAGUAGUCACUGUCUUCUUGAAUACCUCCUCAAUCGUCUUCAGAGCAACUCAUGCCAUAUCAAGCUAAAGGUGCUUAAGAUCCUGCUCUAUAUGUGUACCCAUGGCUCGUCACCUUUCCUUCUGCAGCUUCAGAGGAAUUCUUCAUUCAUUCAGGAAGCCAUAGGAUUCACAGGGCCUCCUGAUCCUCUCCAUGGCAACAGCCUGUAUCAGAAGGUGCGGAUGACUGCACAGGACCUGGCAGGCACUUUAUUUUCAGAUGUGCUGUUGCCUCAGUGUGUUAUUCAGCCACCUAAAGAGCUGCCUUCAGCAGGUAUGGGAAAUAGGUCUACCCCCCACGGCUCCCUCGAAGGCUUUGGUUUUGAAAAGAACAGCUCUGUAUCCCCUGGCCAAAGUCUGCUGGCUACCAUCCAGAAGGCGGCUGAGGUGGUUGCCAAUGUGGUGCUCCCUGGUCAGGAACUCACACGUCCCCCUCAGAGGGAGAUGGCAGACAACGUCUACGAGCCAGUGAUGGCACCUUCUCCUGGCAAAAGCCCCACCUUACUCACUAAACCACCAGUAACCCUAGCCAAGAAGAUGCGAGUGAACCAUCAACCUGGUCAAGCAGGAGGUGGGUGGGAGGACGUGGACACGGGGCUCAGCUCCCAGAAUUCCUUGCAAGAGAAUAGCGACCUGGGCAGAACUUCCGAAUCCAGCAGCAAAGCAGGCAGUGAUAAUCCCUCCAGUGCCUUGGAGCCAGGCAGUGCUGCUGACAGGAUGGAAGCUGAAAACCUGAACGACUGUCUUCAAGAAAUGAGUCUUGUCAUUGGAUUAACCAGGGGCUCCAAAGUCUUCCUGACUCGUGAGGAAACCCAGCACUUCAUCAAAGAGUGUGGACUGCUGAACUGUGAAGUCGUCUUGGCUUUGCUGAACCGAACUCUGAAGGACCCCAGUGAGUGCAUCUGUAUGAGGGCAAUGUGUGCCAUCUCUUCCCUUAUGUGUUCGGACUUGCUCUCCCAGGAUCAUAUCUUUGCCGUUACCCAGAAACACUUGCAGGAGCUUAGUGAAGGGAGCCCAGGAUGCGUAGCCAACAAAGCAACAAAGAUAUUGCGUCAGUUCGAAGCCCUCUGCCGAAGCCGUUCCACUUCCAAGAAUCCACCGCCGGUGGCUGCCUCCUGCUUGUCUGCCAAGACCACCUUGGAGCAUGCCGAUGACCUGCUGACAAACACUGUGCCCUUCUCAGAAGACUCCUUCCUGAAGCCCAUUAACCUGUCACUGCAGCCCUCCCAAGCCCCUAAGCUCAUCGCCAGUGACCUGUUCCAACCAACAGGACAGAUGCCAGAAUCUCUGUCCUGUGGCCAAGGGGAUAUCCUGCCACCUGAUCUCAGCCAGCAGAGGGCAGAAGGCAGACUGCCAGACUCUGACCUCCAAGAAGAAAGGCCCCCAAGGGGUGAUCCAGAUGGCACCGUUUCUUUAUUUGCUGGCAUGGAACUGAUUGCACCUUCAAGCAUGGCACUAGCAGCAUCUGUGCAGGGUUGUAUUUCUCCAGUGCCACAGACAGCAUCUCUCCCUGGGAAUACUAGGGAUGGUGAGGAUAACCAGCAACUCUCUGCUUUUCCCUUCCUUCAUGUAUAGCACUCCCCUGGCGCAAUUUUACUUGGGGGUGGUGGUGGAAAUGAGCGAGCAACAAACCAACUAUCUUUCUAGCUCUUUUCAUCCUGAAAUAGAGUGGGGAAGGAGGUCUUGUAGGAUAAGCAAUUGGUCUAGUUAGGGGCUGCUGAGCCUCAGUACUGCAGUUUGUCUGAUCUUACCAGGAAUUUUUAUCAUCUUUAUUCUUGACAGAUCAGGAAGGGGAAAGGCUGGUUUCUUGUCAUUCUAUUCUGAAAAAGGUUAAGGUUGAUAAGUCCCACUAAUUUAUAUUCUUACUGAAUCAUCCAUGGGGAAGAAGACUUGAAUACCUCGCUGCUGUCUCUUAAAUGGGUUGUUUUUAUUGAGUGGAGAAUAAAGACAAUCAUGUGUUCUCAUGAAGAACAAUAUAAUUGGUUCUUACAAAAAAUGUUAUUCUUUCAUUAUUAAAAUUGAGUUCCAUUUUAUAUUAUUUCUUCCUUCAGAUUGUUAUUCAGGCUGCAUCACCCCUCUUAUCUCACUUCUUUCCCUUUG